ACUGCCAAGUUCGACCAAGCUCAGGAAACUCUUCAAACAUCAACCUCCAAGCCUUCAAAAUCGAGCAGUCGGAUACAAGAAAAACAUCUAUCAGCCAACGAAGACAAGAUUAGCAUACGCUCCAGUGAUCCCCCACGAACUAGAAGCCCCCGGAAAUGGCACCGAGCUCGAAACUACGCGCAUGUAUGGUCUGUUCAUUCGUCCAAUCUGCCGCCCAGUUUAGGAAGAUUGGCUGUCCGAAUUGCGAGGAAUUCUUAGAAAUGAAAGGUAGUGUCGAGAGAGUAGUCGAAUGUACCUCUGGAACUUUCGAUGGCACGGUCGCUAUGAUGAACCCCAAAGAAUCUUGGGUAGCAAAAUGGCAACGGAUCAGUAGCCAUUGUCCAGGACUCUACGCGAUCCGGAUUACCGGGAGUUUGCCUGAACACGUACUGGUCGAUCUGGAGCACAAGGGUCUUGGCACAAUUGCUCGCCAACGCGAUGAUGACUAAUUCCUCUUCCAUGUAUCACAAACUCAACCACGAUGUAUUAUAUAUAUUCCUUGAAAGAAUUAUUGGCUUGUUGAAUUGCCAAUGAUUUUCUUUCUUUUUCAGGUGGAAAAUUCCUUGAUCUCAUGAAAUUCAGACUUGGUUGCUCUGUU